GCUCUCCGCCCCUCAGCUGGGAGCCCGCAGCGAGCUGGUGCAAACUUCAGAGCCGAGCCGGAGCGGCGCAGCGCGGAGCCGGGCAUGGGGUAGCCGCUCCGCCCUGUUGCGCUCCCCACCAUGUAGGCGAGCCCCCGGGCGCUGCGCCCAUCGCUCCGCGCCGCCUGCAACAGCAUUCGCACCGGGUCGGAGGGAGGGGGGGUCGCGGCGGGGCGGGGGGGGGACCAUGCGGAGCGCCCCGGCCGCCGGGCUCCUGCCGCUGCUGCUGGGGCUGCGGCUGCUGCUGGGCGGCGGUGCAGCGGCUCAGUACUCCAGCGACCUGUGCAACUGGAAGGGGAGUGGCUUAACUCACGAGUCUCACAAGAAGGAUGUUGAACAGGUCUACCUCCGCUGUUCUGAAGGGUCAAUAGAGUGGAUGUAUCCCACAGGAGCACUCAUAGUCAACCUGCGACCCAAUACUUCACCUGCCUCUUACAAACAUUUGACUGUUUGCAUAAAGCCCUUCAAGGACUCUGCAGGAGCAAAUAUUUAUUUGGAAAAAACUGGAGAACUGAAACUCUUGGUCCGAGAUGGAGAUCGCAGCCCCAGUAAAGUAUAUUGCUUUGGCUAUGAUCAGGGGGGCCUGUUUAUUGAGGCCACUCCUCAGCAGGACAUUAGCAGGAAGAUUACAGGCUUCCAGUACGAAUUGAUGAACAAGGGGAUAGCGUCUGAUUUGCACACAGUUUCUGCUCCCUGCCGACCAUGCAGUGACACAGAGGUCCUCUUGGCUGUCUGCACUAGUGAUUUUGUGAUCAGAGGCUCCAUUCAGGAUGUUACGAACAAGGCAGAAGAGCAAGAAUCCAUAAUUCAUGUCGGUGUCAACAAACUGUACAGGCAGAAGAGCAAAGUCUUUCAGCUCACAGGGGAAAGUGGGAACUGGCGAGGACAAAUAAAGACCCUGCUGGAGUGUGGGGUGAAACCGGGAGACGGAGACUUCCUUUUCACGGGACGCAUGCACUUUGGGGAGGCCAGGUUAGGCUGUGCCCCUCGUUUUAAAGACUUCCAAAGGAUGUACAAAGAGGCAAAAGACAAAGGGCUAAACCCAUGUGAAAUUGGCCCAGAUUGAAAUCCCCUGUUUGGCUGAAGAUCGCUUUUAGCGUUUGGCCAGGAAUAUUUCCUGGCUGCAGUGAAAACUGAACAAAAACAGUAACUGAGAGCAUGGACAGAUCUGGAGUGCAGGCUGAGACCCCGCAGGACACGUCUGCAGCCUGCGGUGCUGGUAGACUAAUGGAAGCAACAGAGGUACGAGCUCAGAAGGCUGCCAAGCAAGCAAGGCUGGAUUUUUAACCAAUCUUGUCCUUACGAAUUAAGUUAUUAUAUUUUUUUAGUGACUUCCUUAGGAAAACAAAGAAAGAAAACUCCCAUGUCUUAAUAAAAAACCCAAAUGAAAGCCAACAUGCCUUUGUAUCUUUUUAAUACUAAUUUUUAAAAAUGUCUUAAACUGAUGUAGCAUUUGGUAUGGCGUAUUCUGUAUAAAUGGCCAAGAAUGUGAUAGAGCACGGUAAAACAUCUUAACAUUAAUGCUUUGUAAAAAGCUUGGUGUACAAUUCAAAGUUGUUUCUUACGACAGAAAUUUAUGGAGCCAAACUUUUGUGUGUGUGUUCUCUUUUUUUAUUUGAAAGAAUGUACAAUCGCCGCCUGCAAUUUUUUGUCCAGGCUGGCAAAUUCUUUCCAUUCCAGAGAAAUAAAGGUCCCUGGAUUUGA